AUGGAGAUGGAGGCGAAGAUUACCAGUACACCUAUACCAGGGACUCCUGAUGCUCCUGCCACAACCAAAGGAGUUCUUCCUUCUCCAGCUGAAGAUGUCAAAUUUGAGCAAGGCUCCGCAUUGGAGAGAGCACCACCUACACUUUCUGGUCUGAAAUUGGUUGCUGUCUUCAGUGUCCUGUGUCUCGCCGUCUUUCUGGUUGCAUUGGACAACACGAUCAUCGCUACUGCUAUUCCCCGCAUUACGGACGAAUUCAAAGCCCUUGGCUCGGUAGGGUGGUAUGGUUCAUCAUAUCUCCUGACGACAUGCAUGUUCCAGCUAGUAUUUGGCAAGCUCUACGGGUAUUUCCCCAUGAAGCUGGUAUUUCUUUGUGCCAUCCUCGUCUUCGAAGUUGGUUCCGCGGUCUGUGGAGCCGCACCGUCCUCGGAUGCCUUUAUCGUUGGCCGGGCCAUUGCAGGGCUGGGUGCUUCUGGCAUUUUUCAAGGGGCCAUGGUGAUUGUCGCCUACUCGGUGGAACCGCGGAAGCGUCCCGUGUACAAUGGGAUCUUUGGUUCGAUCUACGGCAUAUCGUCCAUAAUCGGUCCUCUGCUAGGUGGGGCGUUCACGUCCAAUGUCAGCUGGAGGUGGUGCUUUUACAUCAACCUGCCCAUUGGGGGCGUGGUGGUCGUAAUACUCGCCGUCUUUCUUCAGUUGCCGGCCGGCCUCCAGGUAGGGACAGAAACCUCCAUCAAGGGAUGGAUCCGGCAUAUGGACCCAUUGGGAAUGAUCACUUUUCUUCCGGCAAUCGUCUGCCUUCUCUUAGCCCUCCAGUGGGGAGGCAAUACGUAUAGUUGGUCCAACGCGCGAAUCAUCGUCCUUUUCAUUCUCUCCGGUCUGUUGCUCGCCGCUUUUAUUCUGAUCCAGAUCAAGCAGCAGGAUAACGCCAUGGUUCCCCCGCGUAUCAUCCGCAUGCGUUCGGUUGUGUUCCCCUCUCUCUUCAUGGUUCUGCUGGCGGGUGGGUACUUCACCAUGGUGUACUACCUCCCUAUCUGGUUCCAAGCCAUCAAGGGCGCCUCUCCGGUGCAGUCCGGCAUUAUGUGUCUGCCUCUGAUGCUCUCCAUGGUGCUCUUCUCGUUUGUGACAGGCGGCGGGGUGACCGCCCUAGGAAACUUUCUGCCCUUCUUUUAUGCGGCGACUGUGUUGUCGACGAUCGCGGCAGGUUUAAUGACAACAUUCACAGUAACCACCGGUCACUCAAAGUGGAUUGGAUACCAAGUUCUUUUGGGCUCUGGCGUUGGCAUGGGGAUCCAGCUACCCAUCAUUGCUGCCCAAGCGGUACUUCCUCCGGCCGACAUCCCCGUUGGCACAGCUAUUAUGACCUUUUGUCAGACAUUUGGCGGCACGAUCUUCGUCUCCGUCAGCCAGGCCGUUUUCACAAAUCGGCUCCGCUCGGGCAUUCUCGCACUCGUCCCAGGCAUCAGCCCGUCCAUUGUGAAUGAAAUCGGGGCAACAAACCUGUCGUCAGUGAUACCACCCGAAUACAUGGAUGGCGCCCGAGAGGUGUAUAAUUCGGCUCUGGUGUCUGCGUGGUAUCUUGCGACCGGUCUAUUCGGGGUCUCUGUCGUUGGAGCCGUUGGGAUACCCUGGAGGGCACGCAUCGAGAGUGUCAAUAAGUAA